AUGAGAGCCAACAAAGGGGAAUCUUAUCGUUUAAGACUAGUCAAAGCGGCAAUUGAUACGAAUUGGAAGUAUAUGACUGACGAUCAUACACUUACUGUCAUUGCUAUGGAUCUCGUGCCGAUCCAGCCCUAUACAACCAGAUUCGAAAACAUUGGAAUGGGUCAAAGAUAUGACGUGAUAGUCACCGCCGACCAAGCUUCUGUGGCUCGAGACUUUUGGAUUCGCGCAGUGCCGCAAACCCAAUGCUCUGAGAACGACAAUGUCAAUAACAUCAAGGACAUCCUCCACUACCACGCCCAAAUAGGGAUUCCCAAACGAAUGCUACACUUUUCGACGAUGGCUGCGUCGAUGAAAGUCUAA